AUGGCCGCCGCCGGGGACCCCAAGGGGCGGGCUGGAUGGAGCUUCAGGGCGUGGAAGUCCAGAUGGAGGCGCCUGUGGCGCUCGGAGGCAGAGCCCAGCAAGCCCCUGAUUCAAAGGGUCGCCCGCCAGGCGAGCCUCACAUUCCCUGGCACGAGGGGCUCGGGCGACGGUGAGGCGAGCGGGGGCUUCGAGGAGAACCUGAGCCGGCUGCGGAGCCUGCUGGGGCAGGUGCGGGCCCGGGACGUGGGCCUGGCCGGGCGCAGGGCCUCCCCGCGGGCGCGGGCGCGGGCGCCGGGCCGGCCGCCCGUCAGCUACAUGAGCAUCUGCGAGACCCCGGGCUUCAGCCUGGGCGUGUUCCUGCUGCGGGCCGGCGCCCGCGUCCCGCUGCACGACCACCCGGGCAUGCACGGCCUGCUGCGGGUGCUCUACGGCACCGUGCGCAUCAGCUGCCUGGACAAGCUGGAGCCCGGGCCCGGAGCGCCGCCGCCGCCGCCGGGGGCCCCCGACGGGGCGGCCCCGCGGCCCGGUGUCCUGCGCUCCUCGGCCGAGUUCACCGAGGCCAGCGCCCCCUGCGUCCUCACCCCGAGCCGGGACAACCUGCAUCAGAUCCAGGCCGUGCGGGGCCCGGCGGCCUUCCUGGACGUCCUGGCUCCGCCCUACGACCCCACCCAGGGCCGCGAAUGCCGCUAUUACCAAGUGCUGGAGCGCCUUCCCCUCGGGGGGACAGAAGAGGCCCCAGAAGGCUCCACCCGGGACCUACCCAGAGCUGUUUGGCUCCUGGAGACCCCGAAGGCUGAGGACUUCUGGGGUGAAGAAGAGCCUUACCCAGGCCCCAAAGUCCUCCCUUGA